UUGGAUGGAUUUAAUGUACGGAAUUAUUUCAAUAGUGUCCCUCAUCCUGGUCGCUGGUCAAGUCCAGUCGCAGGACAAGGAAUAUGUCCAAGGCUGCGGUGGAUCACGGACUCACUAUUGCGUCCCACGACAUUUGUGCAAAGUCAAAAUUGAGUUUCGAAUGGCUAGUGAAAUCAGAAACCUAGGAUGUGUUUCCACAGCGCUUUGCUGCCCCAAGAACCAAAUAAACAACGGGCCACCCUUGGUCAGAGUGGAGCCGAUGGUUAAUCCCCCUUGCGGAUUCAUCAACCGGAAUGGUGUAACCUUCUCAAUUAGUGGCGACACGACGUUGGCCCAGGAGGCGGAGAUACCUUGGAUGGUGGCCUUGCUGGAUGCCACAACCCGCAACUACGUGGCUGGUGGCUCCCUCAUCUCUCCACAUGUAGUGAUAACGGGCAGGCAAAGGAUUGAAAACAUGAAUGCCGACCAGCUUGUUGUGCGGGCUGGCGAAUGGGACUUUAUGACCACCACCGAGCAGCUGCCUCAUGUGGAUGUUCCUAUUCGGUCGAUCGUCCGUCAUUCUGGCUUUAAUUCAACGACCGGGGCCUAUAAUGUGGCCCUUGUAUUUCUCCGCACAACGCUUGAUAAGUCCCGCCACAUAAAUCCAGUAUGUAUGCCUACGGCUAUAGAGAAUAUUGACUUCCGCUCCUGCAUAUUUACCGGCUGGGGUAAGCAGUCCUUCUAUGAUUCCAACUUCAUGAAUGUCAUGAAGAAGGUGUCAUUACCGGUGGUCCCAAACGAUAUCUGUCAAAACCAACUUCGCAAAUUUUUCGGAUCCGACUUCGUACUCGACAACAGCCUGAUGUGCGCAGGCGGGCAGCCUGGAAUGGAUUCAUGCUAUGGUGAUGGUGGAUCUCCGCUAGCCUGCCCGAUGCUAAGCAAUCCGGAUAGCUAUGCACUGGCUGGCAUUGUGAACUUCGGCAUAGAUUGCGGAUUGCCUAACGUGCCGGGUGUGUAUACAAGCGUGGCCAACGUUCUCGAGUGGAUAGGUACGGAAACUCAGAACGUCCCAAUGCCUGCAGAGCGAGAGAAGGUUCCUUAUACAAAAACAAUCAUUUUUGAUGGCUCGCAAUAUAAUCAGUACAAUCAACCGAACUAUAACCCGACAGGCUCUCCAAGUAAACUUGCCGACAGCAGUUUUGAUACGAAGCAGCCAAUUCCUUAUGUCCCUGCUGAAAAUGGCUUACCGAUUGAAUAUAGAAAGUAUGAUAAUAAUCAAAAAAAUAUUAAACCCGCUAGGCAAGACAUAGAUGUUUUUUUUUCAACCACAAUGGAAUACGAUUUCGACAAUUAA